AUGUGGUCUAUGGUUGAAAAUGGAAACUACACACCAAUGACUACUGCAACAGACACAAUUGCGUCAGUUCCAAAAACUCAGUCACAAUGGACAAAGGAAGAAAACGAUAAGGUGCUACUAAACUCUAAAGCUCAAUUCAUAUUAUCAUGUGCUCUUAGCAGGGAAGAAUACGAACGGAUAGAAGAAUGCACAACUGCUAAAGAAAUCUGGGAUGCCCUUAAAAUACAUCAUGAAGGAACGAGUCAUGUUAAAGAAGAAAGAAUUGAUCUAGGUGUUAGGAAAUUUGAAACCUUUGAAAUGAAGGAGGAAGAAACCAUAGAUGAAAUGUUCUCUAGAUUUACUAUAAUUGUCAAUGAACUAAGAUCACUGGAUAAAGCUUAUACUGCUCAUGAAAGAAUCAGAAAAAUCUUGAGAUGUCUUCCAAAAAUUUGGAGACCUAUGGUAACAGCUAUUUCACAAUGA